UGGUUUGAGGAGAGCCUUGUUCUCCCUGCCACUGGAAAUUUCAGACAACCUGAGAACAAGCAUACAGUCGCUCAUGGAAAUGUUCACACGUUGUGCAGUACCAGCUUCAUUCAUGUGCCAACUCACGCCUGUCAAUGAGGACCUCAUCUGUGGUGGACUCAACAGAACAAAACUCAAUGAAACAUUCUCAAGUGAGGAUUCACCGGUAUCCGUGUGCAACUUCACCAUCCGUCAACAUGCCUGUUCCUCGGCUGCACACCUCACUGCCACCAAUUUGGCCACACUGUUGGUAUGCUCCCUGCAAAGGAGGGAGUCUGACGUUGUGGAAUUGUGGAAACUUCUCCUACAAAAGAUUCCUGCUUCUACACUGGAGCAAGCCCUCGUGAUGUUUUCCACUAUGGUCCCCAACAGCGCCAUUGAACAAACAAGGUCAAACAUUCUUGAGGCUCUUGGAGAGGUGGUAAUCGCCAACUUCAGCCAAACACAACUGGAGGAUCCAGAUUUUGUCAGCAGGUGGUUCCAGACGAACCUCCGUGCAUUACUGACCUCUCCAUCCACGAACUUCCUGUUCUGUCUCAGCUCCAGAAACUUCAGCUGCGCCACAUACCCCAUUGUCAUUCAGGCAUUCAACAGCACAUUUGAAUCCCUGGACACAGAAGAACGGCAAGCAGUUGUGACUCACUUCAGCGUCCCAUUCCUUUCGAGAAACGACUCGUCAGACCCUGGCUGUGUCUUGGCUAGCGCAGACACUCGACAGUGGAUACAGACAAACUUUGACAGGUUCUCUCAAUUUGGAGAGCUGCAGGUUUUCCAGACCCUCAACCCAACUUUCAGCAGUGAGGAGGUCCUGGAACUACUCACGCCUGUUCAGCUGGCAGACGUGGUGGGGACUUCAGUGGACCCCAAUGACACAGCAAUAUUUGAUGAUGUCUUUGACCGGCUUGAAGAUGGCAAUGCCCUGGAAAAUGUGGAAGCAUUCUGCGCAAGAGCCAUAGAGACUGACCUGGCCCAAGACUUGUCACCUCCAGUGAGAGACAGAGUGAUGAAUAGGACAUUCGACAUCAUCGGCCCUGCCUUGCCGAGCUUCAACCAAAGCCGCCUUAUUCUUUGGUUCCGUACGCUAUUGGUUCCAUUCCUUCCCAGUUUCACACCAGAGAUGCUCAGAAACACGACCAGGGGCAUGAACUGCACUAACUACCAUAUAGUUGCCGGUGCCGUGGGCAGUGUUGCCAGCCAGGUGUCCGUGACAAGGCAACAAGAGAUCUUCCAGGUCCUCUGGGCUUUCCUGAACAAUGCUACCGAUGUCAUCAACACACCAGGUUGCAGGGUGGGAAUUGCCAAUGACGCUGAGUUUCUUGCUACAAACCUGGGUCCGUUUUUAAUAUUCGCAUCGUACUCUCAACUCAGAGUCUUCAACCUCUCUGUGCUGGAAGUUGUGGACAGCCUGUCACCGCGCCAGCGAUCGGAACUUUUCCUGGAUCCAGACACUGGUGCUUUGGAGAACCAGACGGUGGCGGAUGCAGUGUUGACAAGCUUUCUGGAGUCCCCCGAUGAUCAAGCGCUCACUGAGUAUUUCCAGAAUUUCACAGUCAUCAGCCAGCAGCAAAACCUGACCCUAAUCACAAACCCAGCUGUGAGAAACACCGUCCUGAAUCGGACCCUGACAGCCUUGGCUCCUCAACUGGAAAACUUUGGACCUGAAGACUAUCAGCUAUGGUUCCAGGUGUAUUUGACCCCUGUACUGGCCAGCCUCCGUCCCAACGACUUGCUCGUAAUCCCCAGGAACAUCAGCUGUCAAUCAUAUGACGAGAUACUGACUGGUUUGAGGAGAGCCUUGUUCUCCCUGCCACUGGAAAUUUCAGACAACCUGAGAACAAGCAUAGAGUCGCUCAUGGAAAUGUUCACACGUUGUGCAGUACCAGCUUCAUUCAUGUGCCAACUCACGCCUGUCAAUGAGGACCUCAUCUGUGGUGGACUCAACAGAACAAAACUCAAUGAAACAUUCUCAAGUGAGGAUUCACCGGUAUCCGUGUGCAACUUCACCAUCCGUCAACAUGCCUGUUCCUCGGCUGCACACCUCACUGCCACCAAUUUGGCCACACUGUUGGUAUGCUCCCUGCAAAGGAGGGAGUCUGACGUUGUGGAAUUGUGGAAACUUCUCCUACAAAAGAUUCCUGCUUCUACACUGGAGCAAGCCCUCGUGAUGUUUUCCACUAUGGUCCCCAACAGCGCCAUUGAACAAACAAGGUCAAACAUUCUUGAGGCUCUUGGAGAGGUGGUAAUCGCCAACUUCAGCCAAACACAACUGGAGGAUCCAGAUUUUGUCAGCAGGUGGUUCCAGACGAACCUCCGUGCAUUACUGACCUCUCCAUCCACGAACUUCCUGUUCUGUCUCAGCUCCAGAAACUUCAGCUGCGCCACAUACCCCAUUGUCAUUCAGGCAUUCAACAGCACAUUUGAAUCCCUGGACACAGAAGAACGGCAAGCAGUUGUGACUCACUUCAGCGUCCCAUUCCUUUCGAGAAACGACUCGUCAGACCCUGGCUGUGUCUUGGCUAGCGCAGACACUCGACAGUGGAUACAGACAAACUUUGACAGGUUCUCUCAAUUUGGAGAGCUGCAGGUUUUCCAGACCCUCAACCCAACUUUCAGCAGUGAGGAGGUCCUGGAACUACUCACGCCUGUUCAGCUGGCAGACGUGGUGGGGACUUCAGUGGACCCCAAUGACACAGCAAUAUUUGAUGAUGUCUUUGACCGGCUUGAAGAUGGCAAUGCCCUGGAAAAUGUGGAAGCAUUCUGCGCAAGAGCCAUAGAGACUGACCUGGCCCAAGACUUGUCACCUCCAGUGAGAGACAGAGUGAUGAAUAGGACAUUCGACAUCAUCGGCCCUGCCUUGCCGAGCUUCAACCAAAGCCGCCUUAUUCUUUGGUUCCGUACGCUAUUGGUUCCAUUCCUUCCCAGUUUCACACCAGAGAUGCUCAGAAACACGACCAGGGGCAUGAACUGCACUAACUACCAUAUAGUUGCCGGGGCCGUGGGCAGUGUUGCCAGCCAGGUGUCCGUGACAAGGCAACAAGAGUUCUUCCAGGUCCUCUGGGCUUUCCUGAACAAUGCUACCGAUGUCAUCAACACACCAGGUUGCAGGGUGGGAAUUGCCAAUGACGCUGAGUUUCUUGCUACAAACCUGGGUCCGUUUUUAAUAUUCGCAUCGUACUCUCAACUCAGAGUCUUCAACCUCUCUGUGCUGGAAGUUGUGGACAGCCUGUCACCGCGCCAGCGAUCGGAACUUUUCCUGGAUCCAGACACUGGUGCUUUGGAGAACCAGACGGUGGCGGAUGCAGUGUUGACAAGCUUUCUGGAGUCCCCCGAUGAUCAAGCGCUCACUGAGUAUUUCCAGAAUUUCACAGUCAUGAGCCAGCAGCAAAACCUGACCCUAAUCACAAACCCAGCUGUGAGAAACACCGUCCUGAAUCGGACCCUGACAGCCUUGGCUCCUCAACUGGAAAACUUUGGACCUGAAGACUAUCAGCUAUGGUUCCAGGUGUAUUUGACCCCUGUACUGGCCAGCCUCCGUCCCAACGACUUGCUCGUAAUCCCCAGGAACAUCAGCUGUCAAUCAUAUGACGAGAUACUGACUGGUUUGAGGAGAGCCUUGUUCUCCCUGCCACUGGAAAUUUCAGACAACCUGAGAACAAGCAUACAGUCGCUCAUGGAAAUGUUCACAGGUUGUGCAGUACCAGCUUCAUUCAUGUGCCAACUCACGCCUGUCAAUGAGGACCUCAUCUGUGGUGGACUCAACAGAACAAAACUCAAUGAAACAUUCUCAAGUGAGGAUUCACCGGUAUCCGUGUGCAACUUCACCAUCCGUCAACAUGCCUGUUCCUCGGCUGCACACCUCACUGCCACCAAUUUGGCCACACUGUUGGUAUGCUCCCUGCAAAGGAGGGAGUCUGACGUUGUGGAAUUGUGGAAACUUCUCCUACAAAAGAUUCCUGCUUCUACACUGGAGCAAGCCCUCGUGAUGUUUUCCACUAUGGUCCCCAACAGCGCCAUUGAACAAACAAGGUCAAACAUUCUUGAGGCUCUUGGAGAGGUGGUAAUCGCCAACUUCAGCCAAACACAACUGGAGGAUCCAGAUUUUGUCAGCAGGUGGUUCCAGACGAACCUCCGUGCAUUACUGACCUCUCCAUCCACGAACUUCCUGUUCUGUCUCAGCUCCAGAAACUUCAGCUGCGCCACAUACCCCAUUGUCAUUCAGGCAUUCAACAGCACAUUUGAAUCCCUGGACACAGAAGAACGGCAAGCAGUUGUGACUCACUUCAGCGUCCCAUUCCUUUCGAGAAACGACUCGUCAGACCCUGGCUGUGUCUUGGCUAGCGCAGACACUCGACAGUGGAUACAGACAAACUUUGACAGGUUCUCUCAAUUUGGAGAGCUGCAGGUUUUCCAAACCCUCAACCCAACUUUCAGCAGUGAGGAGGUCCUGGAACUACUCACGCCUGUUCAGCUGGCAGACGUGGUGGGGACUUCAGUGGACCCCAAUGACACAGCAAUAUUUGAUGAUGUCUUUGACCGGCUUGAAGAUGGCAAUGCCCUGGAAAAUGUGGAAGCAUUCUGCGCAAGAGCCAUAGAGACUGACCUGGCCCAAGACUUGUCACCUCCAGUGAGAGACAGAGUGAUGAAUAGGACAUUCGACAUCAUCGGCCCUGCCUUGCCGAGCUUCAACCAAAGCCGCCUUAUUCUUUGGUUCCGUACGCUAUUGGUUCCAUUCCUUCCCAGUUUCACACCAGAGAUGCUCAGAAACACGACCAGGGGCAUGAACUGCACUAACUACCAUAUAGUUGCCGGGGCCGUGGGCAGUGUUGCCAGCCAGGUGUCCGUGACAAGGCAACAAGAGUUCUUCCAGGUCCUCUGGGCUUUCCUGAACAAUGCUACCGAUGUCAUCAACACACCAGGUUGCAGGGUGGGAAUUGCCAAUGACGCUGAGUUUCUUGCUACAAACCUGGGUCCGUUUUUAAUAUUCGCAUCGUACUCUCAACUCAGAGUCUUCAACCUCUCUGUGCUGGAAGUUGUGGACAGCCUGUCACCGCGCCAGCGAUCGGAACUUUUCCUGGAUCCAGACACUGGUGCUUUGGAGAACCAGACGGUGGCGGAUGCAGUGUUGACAAGCUUUCUGGAGUCCCCCGAUGAUCAAGCGCUCACUGAGUAUUUCCAGAAUUUCACAGUCAUCAGCCAGCAGCAAAACCUGACCCUAAUCACAAACCCAGCUGUGAGAAACACCGUCCUGAAUCGGACCCUGACAGCCUUGGCUCCUCAACUGGAAAACUUUGGACCUGAAGACUAUCAGCUAUGGUUCCAGGUGUAUUUGACCCCUGUACUGGCCAGCCUCCGUCCCAACGACUUGCUCGUAAUCCCCAGGAACAUCAGCUGUCAAUCAUAUGACGAGAUACUGACUGGUUUGAGGAGAGCCUUGUUCUCCCUGCCACUGGAAAUUUCAGACAACCUGAGAACAAGCAUACAGUCGCUCAUGGAAAUGUUCACACGUUGUGCAGUACCAGCUUCAUUCAUGUGCCAACUCACGCCUGUCAAUGAGGACCUCAUCUGUGGUGGACUCAACAGAACAAAACUCAAUGAAACAUUCUCAAGUGAGGAUUCACCGGUAUCCGUGUGCAACUUCACCAUCCGUCAACAUGCCUGUUCCUCGGCUGCACACCUCACUGCCACCAAUUUGGCCACACUGUUGGUAUGCUCCCUGGAAAUGUCGAUGCCUGACGUUGUGGAAUUGUGGAAACUUCUCCUACAAAAGAUUCCUGCUUCUACACUGGAGCAAGCCCUCGGGAUGUUUUCCACUAUGGUCCCCAACAGCGCCAAUGAACAAACAAGGUCAAACAUUCUUGAGGCUCUUGGAGAGGUGGUAAUCGCCAACUUCAGCCAAACACAACUGGAGGAUCCAGAUUUUGUCAGCAGGUGGUUCCAGACGAACCUCCGUGCAUUACUGACCUCUCCAUCCACGAACUUCCUGUUCUGUCUCAGCUCCAGAAACUUCAGCUGCGCCACAUACCCCAUUGUCAUUCAGGCAUUCAACAGCACAUUUGAAUCCCUGGACACAGAAGAACGGCAAGCAGUUGUGACUCACUUCAGCGUCCCAUUCCUUUCGAGAAACGACUCGUCAGACCCUGGCUGUGUCUUGGCUAGCGCAGACACUCGACAGUGGAUACAGACAAACUUUGACAGGUUCUCUCAAUUUGGAGAGCUGCAGGUUUUCCAGACCCUCAACCCAACUUUCAGCAGUGAGGAGGUCCUGGAACUACUCACGCCUGUUCAGCUGGCAGACGUGGUGGGGACUUCAGUGGACCCCAAUGACACAGCAAUAUUUGAUGAUGUCUUUGACCGGCUUGAAGAUGGCAAUGCCCUGGAAAAUGUGGAAGCAUUCUGCGCAAGAGCCAUAGAGACUGACCUGGCCCAAGACUUGUCACCUCCAGUGAGAGACAGAGUGAUGAAUAGGACAUUCGACAUCAUCGGCCCUGCCUUGCCGAGCUUCAACCAAAGCCGCCUAAUUCUUUGGUUCCGUACGCUAUUGGUUCCAUUCCUUCCCAGUUUCACACCAGAGAUGCUCAGAAACACGACCAGGGGCAUGAACUGCACUAACUACCAUAUAGUUGCCGGGGCCGUGGGCAGUGUUGCCAGCCAGGUGUCCGUGACAAGGCAACAAGAGUUCUUCCAGGUCCUCUGGGCUUUCCUGAACAAUGCUACCGAUGUCAUCAACACACCAGGUUGCAGGGUGGGAAUUGCCAAUGACGCUGAGUUUCUUGCUACAAACCUGGGUCCGUUUUUAAUAUUCGCAUCGUACUCUCAACUCAGAGUCUUCAACCUCUCUGUGGAUGUCAUCCUGGAUUCACUGUCUCCAGCACAACAAGCUGAAUUACUACUUGAUUCGAACAAUUUUUCCAACGAAACACUCGUGGAACUUGUAUUUUCAACACUCACAACUCAAGAAAACCUCACCUCAUUCUUUGCCACAUUCGUUCGUGAUGCUGUAGAGCAAAAUGUAACCUCAGUUACCCCUGGAGUACGUGACACUGUCCUCAAUUUGACAUUGACGGAGCUCAGCCGAGGAUUUGACACAUUUGACGCAGAUGACUUCAGGUUAUGGUUCCAGGAUUAUCUACCGCUGUUUCUCCUGAGCACCAACUCAAACACACUGGAAAUCAUUCCCAGGAAUAUCACAUGUAACUCCUAUCAAGAGAUUGUCAAAGGCUUCAACAAUGUUUUCAGUAAUCUCUCUGAGAGCCAACGUCAGCAGGUUUUUGUGUUCAUUAAAGAUUAUCUCAGCAGACAAUCUUCUUCAGGUCUUUCCUGUGUCGAAUCAGUAAACAAUGAGGCCUCGCGACGUUUUCUUGAAGACAACUUUGGUCGUUUCAGCACUCUUGCAUCUUUCAAUGACUUUGUGACCUUGAACACAAACUUCAGCGGAGUGCAGGUUGCAGAUCUUCUUACUUUCAAUCAGCUGACCCAGCUGGCAGCUACGCCCUCACAGCUAAACGGGAUGCAAGAUGUGAAAGAAGUCAUGGCCAACAUCGACCCCGCCGACUUUGAUGAUUUCUUUGAUGCAGUCUCACCUGCCAUUGAGGUCCAGUCAGCCAACUACACACAGGAAGUGAGAUCCGGCUUCCUUCAAGAAGUUGUCGACAGAGGCAAUCUGUCCUCACCGGCCAUCAGCGAUGCAGAAUUCCUGCAGUGGCUCAGGUCUCGACUGAGGCCCCUCCUGGUUGACCUCUCUCCCAUGCUGGUGAUGCCUUUGUUCAACAUCGGCUUGAACAGGAGUUGUAACAACAGCCAAGAGAUAAUUGCAGUUCUGGACACCCUGCGCAUGACACUCAGCAACGACACCCAAGAGGAGGUCAUCAGAAACAUUCAACGCUCCCUCCAAGGUCCUGUGCCACUGAGAUGUUACAGCGGCGGAAGCUUCUACAUCUUUCUGAGAGAAACUUUUCUCAGCUUUGGCUUUCCGAAUGCAUCUGUGUUUGUGUCUCUUCUGCCACCGAUGCGUGAAUCAGAGCUGCUAAAUACCAUCAGCACCUCUGAGCUGGGUCAGUUCCUACGACUUCCUAAUGUGGUUGGUAACGGCUCUGACCUCUGCCAAAUCUUCAACAACUACAACGACACAAUUGCUUUCCUGGUGACGGAGGACGUUCCAGAUGACGUGCGGAUGGCGAUCCUUCCCUGUGUGUGGCCUCUGGCGCUGAGCAGCAACAACAGGUCCGAAGCUUGUGCCUGGUUCGACGUGCGGUUGAGAGAUUUCCUCCCAUUUCUCACGAGGACCCUCAUCAGCUCCACACAAGUGCAGGAUGCCUCUUGCUUCGCCUUCCAGAAGUUUGUGUCUUUCAUGGGAAAUAACUUCACAUACAACAACUCUGAUUUUGGAAGAAGUGACGUUUACGCCACAAUUAGGAUGUACUUAGGAGGAGGUUCCCAAGGCUCUGAUGCCAGAUGCUUUGACGCCACUGAUCCCGAACUAAACUCAACAGCCUGGUUUGUAACAAAUGUCGGCAACUUUAUAACGUUUGCUUCUGCGGAGGACCUCGCCAGCUUUGUGCCCCCAACUCAACUUGGGACAUUCUUGGAGAAUCAAGCCAAUCUGGAACUCUUCAACAGCACAGCGAUCCCUCAGAGUGCCACAGAUUACUACAUCACACAGCUGUUUGAGUCAAACCCAAGCUUCAGCGUUCUCAAUCUUCCUGGCCUUCUCCUGUGCUCUUCUGAGAUCCCAAGUUCAGCCUUUACCGGUUUGAGUGAAGCUGACACCAUGCGCAUCUUGCAAAGGCUGAACAACUUCUGUAGCGGAACAAGUGACCCCGAGGUGUCUGCUGCUCUAGCUUCCAACGUCCAGAACAUUGGCGCAGAAACGCUCGCAACACUCGGCAGUGCCAGUUCAGGCUUGACCACCCGCCAGCUCGCGACACUUUCCCCGGCGGUGGCCGUUUCCGCUCUGUCCUCCCUGGGACAGGUCACCUGGAACCCGGGGCAGGCCAGCACGCUCGUGCAAACCAUCUCUCAGCCAGGCUCAGGUUUGGAGGUCAACAGUGCGUCUGCCUUGGUUUCCCUCGGGACGGUCAUAGUCGGAGUUCCUGCAUCGCUGAUCGAGAACAUCCCACCUGAGGAGCUGCUGAGCGUCUCCACUAACCCAGCAUUUGUUUCCAACAUCCAGAGUGCCUCAGCAGUUGUACAGCAGACCUUUGUCACACAGGUUAUUACUGCAGACCCAGAUCCAACCAGUGUGCUGGCAAAUGUGCCUGAUGCUGUGGCAACUGACAUCCCUGCAUCCCUGCUGGGAUCUCUUCCUGCGAACGUCGACAUCGGCCUGAUAAACCAAAAGACGUGGACAUCAGACCAGGCGGCCAUCUUGUUUCGAGCACUGGGUGAAAGCGAGUUUGACGCCGAGCAGGUUUCCCGAUCCUUGUCAAGUGGUUUCACAUGUACCGCAGCCCAGAGUUUGACGAGAGAAAGGAUCAGGCAGCUGGUCCGAGCCAAUCGGCCCAGAAAAAACAGAGCAAACGUACCUUUCCAGGAAUCACAGUUGACUUGCAUGUACAACCUGCUCAAUGGAAACCUCUCUCAGGAAUUCACAGACUAUCCUCCAGGCAUGCUUCUUUACUUCAGUAACGAUGACGUCAAGCCAGAAAAUUGCAGGUCAUACUUUGCUGCGCUGGGUGCUGCGGACUUCUCCGUGGCCUCGCCUGUUUUGAACAGGGCCUCGACGCUUUUCAGCCAAGCCAGGGAAUGCUUGAACAUUAGCGGCACAAAUCUGAGCAGAGAACAAGUGGAGGGCGUGGGAAGCAUGGCCUGUACUCUGGACAGCUUGUUAAUCAGGAACGCAGAUCCUUUCAUCCUGGAAACUCUCCAAGUCUGCAUCGACUUCUCCGACAGCCAAGUGGCCGCCAUAGAAUCGCUGCUGCUCUCCGGGGAAACACAAUUCGGGAGUGUCAGUUCUUGGAACGAGCAAACACUGAAUGACCUCGGAAUCCUUCCUCUGUUCCUCACAAGAAACGUCUGGGGCGUGUUCCCAUUUAGAACAAGGAGAAGGUUCCUUAGGAUCUUUUUGCCCGAGCUGAGAAUGAAUCGCACAAGCAAAGUGAGGUUGAGGAGGCUGUUUUCUGAAGUCUCCCCUGUACGAAUAGCACGAGGAGCAGGCUGCACCGUGGGCAACAUCACCCAGGUCACAGUUAGCGACCCCUCCUUCCCCUUGGGCUACGAUGCCACACAGUUUGACCUCUGCUUGGACGUCCUCGUUCUGAUGGACAACCUCUACUCCAUCUGUGCGAAGGUGGAUGAUGAUGUCUUCCAGAGCAUCAUAAUACAGAAGCUCAAUCAGGCAUACCCAUCAGGAGUUCCAGACCAGCAGGUCCAGGCGCUUCAGUCAGUCUCUCGCGCGGCUUCACUCGACGACAUCUCGAAGUGGAACAUCACCUCUAUUGACACCCUGUCAGCUCUCAUGAACGCUAAUGAUGGACCCUGGGAACCAGCACAGAGCAACAAAAUCAUCACUAUGUACCUGAAUACUCCUGGGACCUCUCUGGGCACCGCGGAGUUGGACGCCAUCGGCUCCAACGUCUGCUCACUGAACACCACCACGCUGAGGACAAUCAGCACGGACAGCAUGAGGAAUGUCAAACCUUUGGACAUCGACACAUGUUCGGCUGAGCAGAAGAGCGUCCUGUACGAGAUCAGAAACGCAUCCCUCAGCUCACUGAGAUCCGAUUCUGCCAUCUAUUACAGUCUAAUCAAAGGCUUUGUCUGUGGGGCACCCCCGGCGGACAUAGAAGCUCUCUCAACAGAGAAUGUCAACAUGGAUGUGAAUGUUGUCACAAGGCUGGCUCCUGCUGUGCUUUCUAACUUGUCAGUGCCCACUAUGCAGGGUCUCAUGGGAAACCACCUGCCAGAUCUGAAGACGUUUGAGAAUCAGAGUGUGAUCAGAUCCUGGCUGAACAACCAGACCCAGGAAGCCCUGGACACACUGAACCUGAACCUGAACACCAACAGAACCACUGGAACGCCUGGCUCCAACACCACCACACCCGCACCCUCAAACACCACAUCAUCCUCAAACACCACCGCACCCGCACCCUCAAACACCACCGCACCCGCACCCUCAAACACCACCUCAUCCUCAAACACCACCGCACCCGCACCCUCAAACACCACCUCAUCCUCAAACACCACCGCACCCGCACCCUCAAACACCACCUCAUCCUCAAACACCACCGCACCCGCACCCUUAAACACCACCUCAUCCUCAAACACCACCGCACCCGCACCCUCAAACACCACCUCAUCCUCAAACACCACCGCACCCGCACCCUCAAACACCACCUCAUCCUCAAACACCACCGCACCCGCACCCUCAAACACCACCUCAUCUUCAAACACCACCGCACCCGCACCCUCAAACACCACCUCAUCCUCAAACACCACCGCACCCGCACCCUCAAACACCACCUCAUCCUCAAACACCACCGCACCCGCACCCUCAAACACCACCUCAUCCUCAAACACCACCCCACCCGCACCCUCAAACACCACCUCAUCCUCAAACACCAUCGCGCCUUCACCCUCAAACACCACUUUGAACACAUCCCCAAACAUCCCCCCACCUACAAACGCAAACACAAUCUCAAUUACAGCUCCAUCCACUGCAGGCAGCAACGGAACAGCAACACAAGGCACAGCCACAACUACAACAGCAGCAACAACAGCUACAUCGCGUGCAGACCCUUCAAAGCGCCCGGCACUCAUUUGCCUGGCUGCUGUGCUGACAAGUCUGCUGCAGUUCCUACUCCAUCUAAACUAAACAGAGACACAAGCUUUGCAUCUUCAUAAUUAUGUUAUAAAUCAUUUUCUGUCGAACUCUCAUCUUUUGUGAUUUUGAUUAAUAGUCUUUUUCUUUCUCUGCCUGUUAAGUGUUGUAUUUUCGCUUCACUUUUUUUUUGGAAAACCGUUUGAUUUGUAUGAAAUUGUUUGGCUUCAAAAAUCAACAAGUUCAAAUGUUUGAGAUUAUGAUCAAUGACUUUCAACAUAAAACUGCUACAAAUAAAUUAUGAUGUAUUAUCAUUUUAAUCAUGCUAUGACAAGAACGAUUUUAAAUGUACUGCUCGCUCUUUAACUUUGUGCUUCUUGCUACAUAAAACACACA